AGAGCCCGGCCCCGCCGCGCCCCCCCCCCCGCCCAGAGACACCUCCCAGCGCUCACCCCUCGUCCCGUCCAUCCAUCCAUCCAUCCACACGUAGCCGGAGCCCGGGACCGACAACUUCGCGGCGCCGGGGCGAGUGCCGGCCCGACCCGGGCAGCAGCAGCAACAGCAACGGCAACGGCAACGGCGAUGCCGACCAUGAUGGAGAAGGGGCCCGAGGCGGCGGGCAAGCGGCGCGCCAGGAGCGGACACAAAAGUUUCCCCGCGGCCGCGACGGCAACGACGGCAGCAGCUGCAGCAACAACGGCCAACGGCAGCAACUCGAACUCGUGGGAGGAGGCGAGCAGCGGCUCGGAGGACGAGCCGGGUGGGGGAAUGCGAGUGGGCUCCCAGUACCAGGCGGUGGCCCCUGACUACGACCCCGAUGUUGCAAAGCAAUGUCAGGAAAGGGACAACCUUGGAAUGCUGGUCUGGUCACCUAAUCAGAAUGUCUCUGAGUCCAAAUUGGAUGAGUACAUUGCAAUAGCUAAAGAGAAGCAUGGCUACAACAUGGAGCAGGCCUUGGGUAUGCUCUUUUGGCACAAGCAUAACAUCGAGAAGUCCUUGGCUGACCUUCCAAAUUUUACGCCAUUCCCAGACGAGUGGACAGUGGAAGACCGAGUGCUCUUCGAGCAAGCAUUCAGUUUCCAUGGCAAGACUUUCCACAGAAUUCAGCAAAUGCUGCCUGACAAAUCCAUCGCUAGCCUGGUAAAGUUUUAUUACUUGUGGAAGAAAACGCGGACCAAGAGCAGUGUAAUGGAUCGUCAUGCCCGCAAGCAGAUGAAAAGGGAUAAGGAAGGAAGUGGUGAUGAGAUUGAAGAGCCGAGUGUAACUACAACCAGUAUAGUUGACAGCGAAACAGAUCCGAACAAAGAAGCAAAGAAAGAGGGUUGUCAAACUGUAAAAAGUGUCCCACCAAAGAAAGAGACACGAACAGUCCAAGGAAAGCAAAGAAUAAGUCAGAAGCCUCCAAACGGGAUGUUUCUUCUUCAAGAGGAUCUUGAUGCUUUGUGUACAGGUUCUGGCGCUGCUAACUCUGUCCUCAGGCAGCUUGACAUGGAGCUGGUCUCACUUAAACGUCAAAUCCAAAACGUGAAACAGAUAAAUGGUGCUCUGAAACAAAAAUUACAUGGUGGGAUAGAGGAAUUCAGGCCUCUGGAGACAAAUCUGAAAAUUAAUGCUCGUUGGACAACUGAAGAGCAACUGCUAGCUGUUCAGGCAAUCAGAAAAUAUGGCCGAGAUUUUCAAGCCAUUUCGGAUGUAAUUGGCAAUAAGACAGUUGUACAAGUGAAAAACUUCUUUGUGAAUUAUCGCCGUCGUUUCAACCUUGAAGAGGUUCUCCAGGAAUGGGAAGCAGAACAUGGUAGUGGAGAAGCAAACGGAAACAUAGGGGACAAAUCCCACAGCUCUCCUGACGUGGCUACUAAACUUUCUGAGGAGGAUGAGGAGGUUCCUUCUGAGCUUGACGUAAGAUAUCGAACUGCAUCAUGAGAGUGGCCAACAGCUGAUGAUCUGAACAUGCUAUCUUGCCGGCUGUUUGGUCCAGGUCAUCCAAAGAUGCCAAACCUCAACCAACCACCUCCACCAACUCCCCAGGACCAGCUUCCAGCUUCACACCAAAAAAGCUGCAAUAUUCACAGACGGACACUUACUUCUGCCUUACCCUGCCUCUGCCAUCAGGACAACCUACUUUUCAUCAGAGUCACGGAAAAAAAAAAACCUUUGAUGCAACAACAUGCUUCUAAACAAAACAGGGAAUUCACAAUAAUGUUCGUGGAUAACUAUUGUUUUUUCACCUAACCAGUUCAUGAUUUAAUGUUCCCGAGGCAUUAAUAAUUUGUAUAUUUUUGGAAUGGUGACUGCCAUCAAAUACAUCUUUGAUACUUCCCUCGCAAAUAUUUUAUGAUUUAAUGUGAAUGCCAUGAUUGUAUAUUGUAUUAACUGGCGUACAGGAAAUGGAUGUCUGAACUGUCUCUAAAUUAUUGGGUACUUUAACUGUAGUUUGGACUGUCUCAUAGACUUUAAACAUACCUCCCAGUCUGAGGAAACUUGAAAGGCCUUUUACUAGCAUUUUCAUGCAGAGAUUUAAAAAUGAUCGGUUUUUAUUUAAGUUUCAUCUUAUAUGCUGUACAGUAUUUUGGUAGUUCUUCCACAUCACGAAUGGAGAGAAUUUUUACUUGAAUAUUGCAGUUACUGGACUGAAACUGGUCAUAUUCAGGUAUAGAAGAUUAGCACAGCUAAGCUGUACAGUGUUCACUGCAGAAUGAGAUGUUCUAACCAUACCGAGUUCCUUCUUAUUCAACAUGGUGACGGGUGAAGCACAAUGCGCUGCGGAUUCAUUGGGAUCAUUACAGUCAUUUGAGUCUAUGCAUGUUUCUGUGUAAGAAUGGGUGUUUACAAUUUCUACAUUAAUAUUUGCCUGAAAUGCAAACCAUUAUUAGUCCUUUCUGGGAAUAAUGUCCCGACAUUUAGAAUUUUCUAAAUUAAGUUUGUUAAAAUUGCUUAUGGGUUGCUGCUGAUAUGUAGUGAUGUUUGCCAGAAUUUCAAAAAUAUAUAUAAGGAUUUAGUUUGCAAUAAAUUGAGCAUGUUUUUAUAUAGCCUCUUGAUGUGCUCAAUAGGAAGUUCUUUUUUAAGAGAAAAGUCAUUGUGUUUAUAUUGCAGAUUUAUAUUUUAUUGCCUGUUACUGCUAAUUUUAACAGAAAUAAUUGUUAGUGAGAAAUUAUUAUUUGCGAGGUUUUAAGCAUUAUGUAUCAUGGUUCGACAUUCAUUGAGAAAUGGUGAUAUUACAGUACUGCUUUGAAUAUUGUGCAAGGUUCCUGCCAACCUUGCAUUUUUAACAAACUAUUAUGAUAUUGCGUCCAGGAUAGAGUGGGAGGGAUGAAAACCAUCAUCGAUCAAAGAAGGAACAAACUGAAAAAUGGGAAAAUUGUAAAUGCCACUUGUAUAAAAUUGUACUUCUAACUUCUCAAUAUGCACACAAGAGUUUUGGUAACGCAAAAUAACUUUUGAAGGUAACUUUCAGAAAGGAAAAGAAACUUCUUAAAUCCCUUUUAUUUUUCUACGGUUUAACCUGCCAGAAUCCUGUAUUUGUAAUGUUUUUUCUGCUUCUGAAGGCUGGAACAGUAAUGGGACUGUCAUGCAAAUAUUCAAUAUCUCGUAUUAAACAUUUAUAGCUUGGAAGAGAACUGAAGUAUUUGGUCUCAAAUAAAAUCUAUUAGAAUUAUUGCAUUGUAUUAUGUUUGAAAUGCCACCUUGAAAUAAACAAAAUAAUUGUAUAAAA